AAGCUUUGAAGAGCUUUGAAGUUUUAGAAGAAAAGAAAAUCUAUCGCCAGAGACAGACAACGUCAGAUUGUGACCUUUGCGUCGCGUAUCUCCGUAUCCUGUUACACUGCUGACCGACGGGGGUUGAAAUCGAUGCGACUGGGCGCAACAGCGAGCGUGGGUGUUCCAGGGUGAACUCGCGAUCUCGCGUUUCUCGAUUGGUCGUAUCCGCCGUGAGCCGUGAGCGCUUAUUGGUUGACCGGCAUCCCCCUACCGUCAACCGGCUUGUCGCAGGUGAUGUUCCGGCGGCUCAGCACAGGUGGUGUUCGCAGUGUGGUUGUGCACCCGCUGUCACGCGCUUGCUAGCUAGAAGACACACAAAGGUUCUCUUCUUACGGGCAAAAAGAAAAAAAGAGGCUGAGCGAGAGCAAAACGACUGGGCGACAGGGUAGAUUCCUAGGUGAAAGAGAAAAAGAAAGAAGAAAAAUAAAAAGAGAAACCGGGGGUGAGCGCGAAACGGGAGAAAAAGAACCGUCACAGAAAGAGACUCGAGGACGUAAGGACGAACGUGUGUGUGUGUGUGUGUGCGUGGUGGGAGCGCCCCUCUGCCGUAACAUUCACACCCACGUAUCUCGCAUACGAGCGUAGGCGCUCUUCUCGGGGCGAGGAACCUUCCUGGAGCGCGAAUCCACCCUCGAGAAGUUAUUCGAACUUCGGUGGUGCCAGCGGGACAAGCGUGACUGUGUAUAUUAUAAAUCACCGGAUUGGUGCGCGCGCUCACGAGGAAAGAACAUUUCAGGAUUCUUUCGAGAGAAGACUUGCAAAAGGAAGAAGUAGAAAAUUUUUUUUUAUCGGACGAGAGUCACCGCGAGAUAAUAUACAUUAUCCGCGUUUAUUUGUAAACGCCGUUAACACAUUAACAGAAGAAGAAGAAGAAGAGGAUGGUUCGGAGGUUCUGCAACGGUGCGGUUGCACUUGGCAUCGCCCUGACGGCUUGCGCCGCUUUUCCGCGCGCCGUCAUGGCGAUGCCCGAUCUCAGUCGUUUCUACAGUCACGUUUACUCGAAACGUUCGGACACGGUUUGCCAUCCGUACGAACCGUUUAGAUGUCCGGGCGACGGUUUUUGCAUCUCGAUACAGUAUCUGUGCGACGGCGCGCCCGAUUGUCAGGACGGAUACGACGAGGACUCAAGAUUGUGUACCGCAGCCAAACGACCACCGGUUGAGGAAACCGCGAGUUUUCUGCAGUCUCUGCUGGCCAGUCACGGUCCCAAUUAUUUGGAGAAACUGUUCGGAACCAAGGCGCGCGACACGCUGAAACCUCUCGGUGGUGUGGAAAAAGUGGCGAUCGCAUUGUCCGAAUCGCAGACAAUCGAGGAUUUUGGGGCGGCGUUGCAUCUGAUGCGAGCGGAUCUCGAGCAUCUGCGUUCGGUCUUCAUGGCGGUUGAGAAUGGCGAUCUGGGCAUGUUGAAAUCCAUCGGCAUCAAGGAUUCGGAACUCGGGGACGUCAAGUUCUUUCUUGAGAAACUUGUGAAGACGGGUUUUCUCGAUUGAACGACGACGUUAAUCGCCGCCGAAUCGACGCCGCUACUGUCGCCGAUGACAGGUCGUCGCUGGAUCAUCGUCGCCGGUGCCGCCGCGUCGUCGUCGCAACAACAGAUCCUUGGUUUGAUGAAGCCUAAGUCAUCCUUCCCGCUGACACUUCCUUUCCCCGGUCGCGAGUCUUUGCGCGCAAAUUUUUUCGUUUUUUUUAUUAUUCCGCUCUUGCUUUCAACGCGCUCGCUCUUCGAUGCGCGAGCACCGAGACGAUCAUCAAAUCUCGCACAGAACGUGACGUGAAUCUUUUUCGAAUCCUCUGCUUGACGAGCGAUCAGGUAGUUGGCAUCGUUCGUAGCUUUACACAGCUCGGAAUAAUUAAUUUUAUUAAUUAUUUCAUUAUACGCACAUACAUACAUAUAUAUAUACAUGUAUAUUCAAG